CAAAGUACAGAACAAUACCUGAUGACGUUAUAAUCCAUUCCUAGAGUCAGCUUGAUCUAGCAACACUCAAAGCAAAUACAAACGACUAUACCAAAAAAGAGAUGAGGAAGAGAAGCAAUCACCACUCUCAUCGGCGCAGGAGCUACUGAGAGCAAGAGAAGCCACAAUUGACCUACCACGAGCGUGAUGGAAGGAUUUUCAGGUUCCUCCAUACCCAGUUCAUCUGCAUUACCGUGCCCAUCAGAGUCGGGUUUAUUCUCUAAACCCAGAACUGCACAAGCUAUUGACUAUAAACUUGCUACUUUGAAGCAUAGGCUACAAGCCCUGAAAAACCAACGAGGAAAAGGAGGAGAAAAGAGUGAACUUUCUUUGGAUUUAUUGCUUUCUUCUAUGCCAGAGAAAAGAAAAACAGCCGUGUUGAAGCUAAGGAGUGCUAUGCUACAAGCCCAGCAAAACCAAGAACUAAGAGAUGGCAAAAAGAGUGGACUUCCAUCGGUUUCUUCCAAGGUCAUGACAGAGAAUAUCCCAACUAAUGAUCAGAUUAAUUUGAUUUUUUCUACGAGGAAACAAAGAGAACCUGUCUUUUAUAAUUUUCUUGCUACGAUGGAAAAGAAAGAUCGCGAACCUCAGAUCAGUGGAGCAAAACUAUCUAAGACCAAGAACCAGCAAGAACUGGAAGAGAUUUCAACAGAAUUGAGGUUGGGUUAUGGUCCUAAUCGCAUCAACCAAAAGAGGAAAUCACUUGAAAACUUUGCUAGCAAUGUCUCUCUCGCGUCUCAAGAUUGUGAAAUAAGCAAAAGAAAGAAAGUUAAUGGCCAUGAAGUUUUAAAGGAAGAAAGUCAUAGAGGUGCUUCAUUGAACGGCUUUGAGGAUACUUGCGUUAUAAGGAAGAGGGUUGAGGCAAGCUAUAGUAACGAGCAAUGGGUGAGGCUCUUUUUGGAGACAGACUUGGUAAAGAAGCAUGUUUUGACUGAGUUAGAACAAAAAUAUAUUGAAGAUUUCAUAACUAAGUAUGGGGUACAAGUGGUUGUUUGGGAUUUUGAUACCAAGUCUGAGCAUCAAUUGAUCUUCAAACAGAGAACAAAUGGGAGCAAUGUCUUCGUUGAAGAUUGGACCAAGGAAUUUGUUAUAAGGAGGGAACUAAAAGAAGGUGAUGUGAUUGGACUUUUUUGGGAUAAAAGCAAUUCAAGAUUCAAUUUUAGCAUUCUCAAGCGAAAUUUCUGCAGAGAAUCCUCCCACAACUAGAUUUCUUAGACAAGCUCCUUGUGGAUUUUGGGUUACUUCGGGCAUGGCAGCUUUGAUGACAGUAACUAUUUCUUUUUUCUUUAUUUUAUUUUAUUUUUUGAGCGGAAAGUUGAAUAAGUGCUUAA